AUGACAGCAUUGCAGGUCCCACAGUCCAAGGUGGACUUUCUGAUCCCGUCCAUGGAGCCAGAUGGAACAUUUCAAGAGCUCGAACCACUGAAUUAUGCGGAGACAACACGAAUUUUUCGUGAAAUGCUGUUGACACCAUGGAAGAAAUUUCAGGAUCAACAUCCACUGGCUCACCUGCAACAAACAUACACUCUACAUUCAAUGAAGGCUACUCUUUUGAGUUUUGGCCCACAGUUGGGCAACCUGGUCAGCGACUCAGACCGAUUGCUGCAGGGUCACCACCAGGAUCCCAAGCAUUCACUGAAUCUUUAUGGCAGAGACAGCGUUUGGGGUUCCUUACGGUACCAAUCAACCAUCAUCAUGGAGAUACACAAAGGGUGGCGGCCCAAGACAGCUCAACACAGGGGAGGACAAUUUCCUCUGACGGAACCAACGGUCACUUUGGAACGGUUCCAGAAGACGGCACCAGACUAUUCGUUUCAAUGGCUUCCCUUUUCUAAGCCUGAAGAUCCUCAUGAAAUCCUGCCUGAACCGGAGGUCGAACAGCUGGACUCAGACAACGACUCUUCGAGCAUCAGCAGCCAGGGUGACAGUUCCAGUUCAGAGGCAUUGGAGCCUAUGGCACACACCACAACAGUGGUGCCCGACGAGGGUCAGGUUGACGAAGCCGUGUUUGCAAGGCAUCGGAAAGUUACCCAUGCCAUGGUUGCGACAACGGACGAUACUGAGUCCAGUUGGACAGUUCAGUCCUUUGCGUUCUCUGCGUUGGAUCUAGAAGCGUUUGACAAGCUAUGGCCUGAGUUUUUCAGUGACGAGCCAACGCUGCUCCAGAAAGCCUCACUUAGGGCUGCGUUCCGAAUGUGUCAUGACUUGACCCAACCUGCACCUGCAAAUCAAACACCUGUUGGUGGAACGGCCACUUCCGAUGCAUCGGCCUCAGCAAGCACGUGGGCAGAAAGCUUCCCACCGAAGUUGGACACAGCAGUGAUUGAACAGAUGAAGGCCAAAUUUUUGGCAAGUUAUCCCUCAGAGCUCCUCAAUCAUGAUACCAUGCCAAGUACGCGUUUACUGAGCCUUACACACCAUCAGCUCUCAAAGAAACAGUGGUCGUGGAUCCCCUGGAAAUAUCGACUUACUUUGGCAAAAUCAGAUGAAAUCACUUCUCAAAGGCAGGCAAAGAUGCCGAAACUUGAAGUGGCCACACUGCACAGCUUGUUGGUGGACGAGCCCCCUUCUAUUGACAUUUCAAAUGCUGGCUUUGGGGUGAAUGCAGUCCGUAACUUACUGGCAGUACAUGAUACGGCAGUUGCAAUGUGUGGAGGCGCCCACCUAGCGAACCUCAAAGCCUAUUCAGCGAAGUUUUUGAGUUUCCUUACACAAAGGGUGGACCCAGAUACCAUGUUGCGCUGUGCAUCGAUUACAGAGGCGCAAGCGGCAGACAGGCCUUCUUCAACUUCGCCCUCGUCCAGUGAAGGCUCCAUCCAUGACAUCAACACCCAGCUCCUCAAGCUUUACGAAAGGACUCCCAAGGAGUCAACCCUGGAGGAGCAGCCAACUGAUGCUCGACUGUUUCUGGAUAUUUGCUCGGGAGCAACACGCCCACUGAGUGCGGCCAUUUUGGCCCAACAGGGCAAUGUACUGUCUUUUGACAUUUUGCUGGACAAGCGUAUGGACCUACUGAAUGACCAGAGUUACGAACAAUUGCUGCGAAUUUGUUCAUCUGGACAGGCCCUAAAGCACUUCGAACACCUGAAGCUUUAG